CGCGCAGGCGCAGAGCGCUCGCCCAGUGGCGGACCUGCUUCCCAGCGGCUGGCGUCUGUGUUUGGUGGUCCAGUGGCGCUUGCCACUGCGUCUCCUGUGCGCUCCUCUUGUCUCAGAGGCAGCUACUACAGUCUCGCGUGUAGUACAGCUACCUAGGGACAGAUGAGCAGUGAUGUGCGUGUCCACUCCUGGCCUUGCUCCUACUACCUGAACCUUGAGAAGCAAUGGGUUCCUGGGAAGCUGACUCUGACACCUCGGUCACUGAAGUUCAGUGCGGAUAGAACUGAAGAGGUCCUUGUGGGCCUGCCUCUCUCCAGCAUCACUGAGAUCAGGAAGGAGUCUUCUCUCUUUAUCUUCAGUGCCAUCACAGUCCUGGAGAAGGGCCAGGCCAAACACUGGUUCAGCUCACUGCGGCCCAAUCGCAAUGUUGUCUUCAACAUCAUCGAGCACUUCUGGAGGGAGCUGCUACUGUCCCAGCCAGGUGCUGCUGCCAGCACAGCCUCCCCCAUGACCAGGGGGCAGGAGCUGUUGGGACUGAUGGCUAGUUCCCAGAGACGCAUGGAAGACACCUCAAAGGUCCUUCAUCACCAGGGCGAGCAGCUGGACAGCGUCAUGCGGGGCCUGGAGAAGAUGGAGUCAGAUCUAGAUGUGGCUGACAGAUUGCUGACAGAAUUGGAGUCUCCUUCCUGGUGGCCUUUUAGCUCUAAGCUUUGGAAGACGCCGGCAGAAGCCAAGCCCAAGGAAGGUGUCUCUGUAGCCGCUUGUGAGCCCUUUGGAAAGGAAGGGGUAGUGAUCAGAGUCCCUGCUAUUGUUUCUCAGAAAACAGAGUCUCAUGCCAAGCCAGGAAAGCUCACUGUCCUGGUCUCUGCUUUGGAAAUCCACGACUCCAGUUCAUUGCUCCUGCACAGGUUUGAGAGGGAAGAUGUGGAUGAUAUCAAGGUUCACUCUCCUUAUGAGGUCAGCAUACGCCAGCGGUUCAUCGGGAAGCCAGACGUGGCUUACCGGCUGAUAUCUGCCAAGAUGCCAGAGGUCAUUCCCAUUUUAGAAGUGCAGUUCAGCAAGAAGAUUGAGCUCCUGGAAGAUGCCCUAGUGCUUAGGAGCUGGGCCCAGACUGCCCCUGCAGAGGGUAGCUGCUUCAUGCAUGCAGCUUCCAGACUGAUGGGCUGCACUCCGCCCCGAGAGCUGCCCAUGGGAGGCCAGGAAGGCGAGCAGCUGCAACUGCAGAGGAACUGGCCACUACUCUCUGAAGGGGAAGCCCAGGAGCUGACACAGAUCCUGAGCAAGCUGAAGGGACUGGCACUGGACACUGAGGCAGAGCUCGAGCGCCAGGAUGAAGCUCUGGACGGCAUCACCGAGGCUGUGGACCAGGCCACCCUGACUGUGGACAAGCAUAACCGGCGUAUGAGGAAGCUGCUGUAGCAGAGCGAGUUGCAGAGCGGUCACCCUGGCAUGGCGCUCCUGAUUCUGCUGUUUCCAGGCCUGUGUCCUUUGCACUGGAACCUGGGAAGUCAUUCGUGGUGCUGUGGAACUUUGACACCUUCCUAAGGAUGGGCCACCAAGAGGAGCCAUGGCAUGCAUGAGUAUAAUGUGUUUUCCAGGUGCCCUCAGCAUGUGGGCCAAGUCCUGUUCAGGUAAGGAUGGCCACCACGGCAUAGCCAUCCUCCCUGUCCUCACUGAGACCCCAGCUUUGUGCUGUCGUUGUGGGACUGUGACCCAGGUUGCCGUGCACAAAUCACAUCACAUUGUCAUCUUUUCACCAUUUCUGCCGAACAGUAAAGAAAAUGCCAGUCAUUCUGAGAGAUGAGUACUUGAUCUAACUCUGCUGUUCACUUACCACAGGCAUUGAUUCCCCUUUAAGAUGCUGCUGUGGGGGGGGGGGGGGCUAGAGAGAUGGCUCAGUGGUUAAGAGCAUUGCCUGCUCUUCCAAAGGUCCUGAGUUCAAUUUCCGGCAACCACAUGGUGGCUCACAACCAUCUGUAAUGAGGUCUGGUGCCCUCUUCUGGUGUGCAGACAUACACACAAGACAGAGUAUUGUAUACAUAAUAAAUAAAUAAAUAUUUUAAAAAAAAAGAUGCUGCUGUAGCCCACCUUAUCCUGGUUGUCAGUUAGUGUUCUGUAGAGGAACAAAUCUAGUAGCCUCGGUGUAUGUAUUAUAAAAGAGUGUUUACUGGAUUGCUUAUGUCAUAGGGCUGAGUCCUAUGUGCACCCUGGAGAGUCAGAGAACACCAUAGCUGCCCAGGCCAAGACUCAGGACCCUCCAGCAGCCCCAGCUCUGAAGGCCUGGAAGCUCCUGGAACACUGGUCUUGGUUCUGCAUUUAUAGGUCAAAGAUAAUGGGAGCCAGGCACUCUCAGAAAGAGAGGGCCCGCACACUUAGCACACACUGCUUCCUCCACCACCCAUUUAGGCUGCCCACAGUCAGGGCAAUCCCCUUUUUCCUAGUCCCUGUCCCUCUGGAAGCAUACACACCCCAUUCCCAGACACACAAGCAUGUCUCACCACUCCUAAACAGCGCUUAAUCUAGUAAAUUGAUGACCACGACCAGACGUUCUGCUGGCCUUGCCCUUGCAGACAGCCUUUUCUCAUCACGUGUGUGGGGACGGGCGAGUGCCGCAAGUGCAGCCCGCCCCCAGCACAGUGCCUCCGCAGCAGAUGCCUCUGCUUCUAGGGAAACAGAUCCCCAGGCUACUCAGAAAUGUGCCUAGGUGCCUGCUAAGAGGGCCCAAGCUAUGCCCUACUGUUUUCCUUUGCCUGGUCUUGUGCAUUUUCAGUGCGGGUUCUCAUGUCUCUGUUAGGAGCUACUUCCACAAGCCCCUUUCCAGUGGCCACUAGGACUCUGGGCUUGUUUAUUUGUGCAGGGGAGGAGGGUGGGUUUUGUUUUGUUUUGUUUUUUGAGACAGGUUCUCACUCUAGUCCAAACUGGCCUCAGACUUACUGCAGUCCUCCUGUCUCAGCCUUCCAAGUGCUCGGAUUAUGGGUAUGUACCCCCCCCUCACCUGGCCCUGUCGUGUGGAUACAAGGUCACUGGUGUAUGGAGAUGUCUGUUUGAUUCCUAGCACCCAUGUCAUGGCUGACAAAUCUCCUGUAAUUCCAGGUCCAAGUGAUCUGGUGCCCUCUUUUGACCUCCAUGGGCACCAGGCACACACAUGGUAAACAGACAUAUAUUUAAGCAAAACAUUAAUACACAAAAAAUAAAAAUAAAUACAAUUUUUUUAAAAAGGUAGAGUUCAGAGGGUGGUAUUUGGACACCUGUGGCUUUCACAAGAGGUUUUCUCCUGGGGUUCCACACCAAUGUACAUCCACACGUUUCGAAUGGAAAGAGAGAGCACCACCCAGCAGCUCCUUAAGACGUGUUCGAACAUUCUGAGAAACUCAUUUCUGAACAGCAGUUGUUGGAAUUUGUGUGGUCUGUAAGUUGAGGUACUGCCCAGACCCAGGGCCAGAAGGGACCUCCGUGAAGGCCGGGGGCAGGCUUGCCUGGUGUCCCUAGCACAGGCUGAGUGACGAGCAGUGCAUGGGAGGCACCCACAAGUUCUUAAGUUCCAGGAAUGUGCUCAAAGCUUGAUUCUGUUGGGGAGUUUCUGCAGGCUGUGCUCUCCCGUGUCCCUGACUCCUCAGUGUAGUCUAUAGUCUGGUUGUCUGGUUCAUCUUCCUCCAGCUAGGCACCACAUCCUAACAAACUCUCUGAACAGUGCCACUGGCUGAGAACCAAGUCCUCCAACCCUUGAGCCCACAGAGGACAUUUUAUAUACAGACCAUAGCAGCAGAGAGACAAAGUCUAGUCAGUAGGCGUAGCCCUGCUUUGUUCUCAGAGACUGAGAGACAGAGGUCAGAAACCCCACAAAACAAAACAAAACAAAAAAAAAGAGUUUCAGAAUAAGCAAAAUACUUUUUGUUUUUUUAUAUUAAAUGGUCAGGUAAGUUUACUGAAUACAUGAUCUACCAUAUCUGUGUGUAUAUGUGUAUAUACAUAGAGGAAUGAGUGAGAGCAGUGAUACAAAAGGUGAUGGGUAGAAGGAAUUAAAAAUAUCUUGUCAUUUUUAAACAUUUAUUUUUGUUUUUUGUGUAAUAUUUGUCUGCAUAUAUGUAUGUACACCACAUGUAUUCCUGGUGCCAAUAGAUGACCAAGGAACGGGUGUUGGAUUCCCUGGAACUGGAGUUCCAGGUAGUGAUGAGCUAAGACUUGAACCUGGGUCCUCAGGAAGAGCCUCCAGUUCUCUUAACCACUGAGCCAUUUCUCCAGCUCCCUGUCCCCAUUUUUUGGAGACACGGUCUCACUGUAUAGCCAUUGGCUAGCCUGGAACUUGCUAUGUUGAACAGGCUGCUCUUGAAUUCCCAGAGAUCUGUCUACCUGCCUCU